ACUUUCUAUUGGAGUGUUAUCCUGAAGACUUGCCAAGCUCUCAGCUGGUGAUGGCGGAGGAUAAAUCAUUUCGCUACGGACUGAUCGUUCUGGGAUUCUUCCUGAUAAUGAUUGGGAUGUUCAUCAUGAACGUGGACAAACCUGAGGUCUAUGCCACCUUCUGUUCUGUUGGGGUUUUGAUGGUCAUCGUGGGGAUAACCUGGAGCAUUUGUCAAUGUUACCCUAAGAUUACAUUUGUCCCAGCUGUGGAGUCUGACAUGGAAUAUCUGUUUUCUCAAAAGCGUCAGAUUGCAACCUUCAUGUCAGAGUGUGAGGUCCCCAUCAAAUCAAGCGCACAGACUCCAUAUAUCUCCGUCGAAGCAGGUGGACAGCUUGUAAAAAAUCUUCUGACAUCCAGGCAGAUCCAAUAUACAGUGACCCAUGCUGUGGAGCCCCCUGAAGUGAGCAGUCCUCCCACUUCCCUUCAGUCAGAGCACAAGGACCGAGAUAGCCAGGCUUCUCUGAAGGCAGAGGUUAUGGUUCACAGGGACUCUGAGAGUGAUGGAGAGACGAGCUCUAGCCUUGGCUCCAAUAACAUAACCCCACCUGGCAGAAGUAAAUCAGGAUGCUGUAGCAAGGCUCCUCUUGCUGUCUUCCACGAAGACCUUGAUCCUACAAUCAGUCCGUCCUCCUCAAGCAUCUCAUCUCUUCCCAGAUACGAAUCACUGAUUCCGUCAGCUUUGAGAAACAAAGAUCAGGGCCCAGUGGGUAGGAACCUCCCUCAAUACGAAGACAUCACCGUUGUUGAAACAGUACCUUGCGAAACCCACUGUCUCUGCAACCAGUUGGUUGCCCCCAUCUCUAAGAAUGAGUUGAAAUCCGAUCAAUCCACUUCCAGUGAACGUCAGAACGUCAGAUCAAGAGGCCAGGUCGAAGAUGAUAUGUAUUAUGGGUUAUACGAUGAAGCACAAGAUAAUACUCUUAAUAUAUCUGAGGAAUCUGAAGUCGAAGAAUAUUGUUCUCAAGAUAUUUCUGUGUAGAGUCUCGUUGUCAGUGUCUCAUCUAAUAACUUAGUAAUGUCGAGAGGCAGGCAGACGUAGGCAGAGGUUAAUGAUAAUUCCUUGUAACUGGUGGAUUUUAAAAGUGUGAAUAUAUUUGCUCUUUAAAUAAUUAGAUGAUUUUAGAGUAUUUGUAUUUUCCAGCAAACCGAUUGCUUUCAGAUAGUUGAGGUGAGGUGGGGUAGCUUUGCAAUUCUCUGAAGCAUUUUCAAAAAACUAAUACAUUUCUAUGUGAUGACAAGGGUGCUCACAGCAAUGAUGGGUCUUACUUAUAACCUAGGCAUCAAUCGAGCGCACAAAGCAUAGCCAGGCCUAAUAAUACCACAGACCCAAAGCAAAAUGCACCACUUUUGCUCCUCCAUUAGAUUGGGAUCUGUGACAGAGCCGGGAUUUGUUUAUGAAUUGUUGGAAAUUUCCACACCCCAAUGGGCACAAUUGACUCUAACAGGAGAGGCCAAGCUCUUAAUGUAACUCUGCAUCAGGUAGUGCACAGCAAGGUCAACUGAGUGCUGCACAUUGCGUAGGCUGCUUAAGGCUCCUUUACAAGAACUCUGAUUGGCUUUGUUCAGCUCGUUUUCAUGCAGACUCUACAAUCAAUGGCCCGUGACUGAGUAGAACACUUGUCAGCCAAAGCAAAUAGUGUAUAUGUUCCUUUGACACCCCACGGGGUGUGCAUGCUUACAGGUUACUUAUACAAUGAAUGAGUUGAGGUUGAACAAAAUACAGCGUCUAUUGCAAUGCUGGAAUGUUUCUGUUGUAUGAUUUGGGUUACAUGGAACUUUAUAAAAUGCGUUGGCUCUC